AUGGCGUAUCUGUCGGUUCCUCGACGAGACCCUGUCGAUAAUGGGGAAGCUGUCCAUCUUGCCCUUGAAGAAGCUGGGAUAUCUUAUUCCGUUGGCGAUUCUACCGACCUUAUUGGCCUUACCAAUGAGCCUCCUCCGGUUUUAUUGCCGGAUGACGGGAGCGGUCCUACAUCAGGAACUCUAAGGAUAUUGCGAAAUAAUUGUAUGAAAAUCCAACUCUGUGGCCACGGCAGCGAAAAUUUCCAUAGAAUUCAUGCUACUGCAGAGCUAACUUUCCUUUGCUUUAACACUGCUUUGUAUGAAUGGAGAGAGGAAGACACUGAAGGGCUAUCAGAACAAGAGCAGAGGCGAAUGAGAGGGGAUUGGGGCCGAGACUGGGUUGAUAGUGUUUUGCCUCAUCAUCUUGACCAGUUCCAAAACAAUCUCCCACCCCCUGCACCCCCCAAUUACCCUUGGUUACAUGGCGAUGAGCUGUCUUACGCAGAUUUGUUGCUGUUUCAAUGCAUCGAUGAAACCAAGCAUCUAUUCCCAAAAGCCAUGAACCAAGCUAGGAGGUCCGGAAGAUACGGUCGAAUCUUUAGGGUCUAUGACAGCGUAAAGCAGCGAUCCAGGAUAUCAAGCUAUCUUAAUAGCCAGAGAAGACGAGACAAUACUGCUGGGAUUUAUUGUUAUCAUGAGGAGAUGGAUUUGGAGAGCACAGCAUGGUCGGUGAUGAAUGGUGGCUGA